CGCUGGAAGCUCAGUUGACCAGCGUCGCAACCGAGCGAUGCGCCUCCAGUACAGCCUUUAGUUUGUUAGGGAUUUCUGAAGCGAGCCUCAGUCUAAUGUUGCAUAUCUAAACUCUGACCACUCGAAAGAGACGUUUUUUUUUCUUGAACGAUCCCGUGUGGGAGGAUUUAAAGAGACAGAUUUCUUUUAUUUUGAAAAGCCAUAGACACUUGAUGAGUCAAUCGAAGAUGGAAGGAGUCCCAUCGCACAUAGUCGCCUGAUUUUGGUCAUUUGUAUCCUCAGUUAGUGUCAGGUGGAGGCUCCACAGCAUCUUCAGACUGCAGGGAGAAGCGGAGGCUGUUUGACCACAGGCGACAUAAGGCACUGACAGCAGCCAUGGUGUCGCUGGACGAGCCGCUGGACCUGAAGCUCCCCUCAGGACGGGCAGGGGGUCCCGUGAGGCUGGGGAAGAGGACCUGCGCCUCCUCCAUCUGCGCUCCCCUCAGCUCCCCUCGACCCCGUCUGCUGGGCACCUCCUUCCCUUCGCCGCCCUCCUCCCCAGAUUCUGUCCUGUCCUCCUGCCACGAACGACCCGGGUCCUGCUUCACCCCUCCAGCCAUAGACCUGAGCCUGUCUCCCUCCUCCCGCCACGCCUCCUCCUCGUCCCCAUCGCCCUCCUCCACCUCCUGCCCCUCCCCUUGCUCCCCCCUGGGGUCUCCUCAGCCACAGCGCUUCUCUCGGGAAGCAGUCCGUCAUCGAGGUGUGGAGGCCUCUGCGUAUCCCUUCUAUCUGCCCGUUGGAAGUCCGUCCAGGGGCUACGGCUUCCCUUCCUCCAUGAUCUUUGGCCAGAACAGAGACAAGCCGCUGUCCCCAGAGCCCUCGCUGGACGGUCAGCUGGCCUGUCGCUGGAUGAAGUGCCACCUGCUGUUCGAUUCGCUGCAGGACCUGGUGGAUCACAUCAACGACUUCCACGUGAAGCCUGAAAAAGAUUGUGGCUACUGUUGCCAGUGGGAGGGCUGUGCUCGAAACGGGAGAGGCUUUAACGCCAGGUAUAAAAUGCUGAUUCACAUCCGCACACACACCAACGAGAAGCCGCACCACUGCCCCACCUGUAACAAAAGCUUCUCUCGUCUGGAGAACCUGAAGAUUCACACGCGCUCACACACAGGAGAGAAACCCUACAUCUGUCCAUACGAGGGCUGCAGCAAACGCUACUCCAACUCCAGCGACCGCUUCAAGCACACACGCACCCACUAUGUGGACAAGCCUUACUACUGCAAAAUGACCGGCUGCCUGAAGCGCUACACAGACCCCAGCUCGCUGCGCAAGCACAUCAAGGCCCACGGGCACUUUGUCUCGCAGGAACAGGCGCCCCCGAGCAGGCUGGGCCACCAGAGCCCCACCGAGCCGCCCUCCGCAGGCGGAGCCCACAUCGUGGUUCCGGGGGCGACUGCGGCUCUCCUGGGGGGUCUCGGGACCGCUUUGCCCCUGUCGGCUUUCUGCCACGCCAGGGCCUUGGCUCACCAGAACCCUCUGUUCUCCAUCGGGGGAGGCGGCCGCAUGGGGCCCAUGGGCCUCACAGACGCGCCGCUGUUACACUUUGGACUCUCAGCGGCGUCUGUGUUGGGGCUGGGGUCUCUGGGUCUCGGGCAGAUAGCGGAGACGAAGGCGGGGGGCGCGGACGUGGAGGAGGAGGAGGAGGGCGAGGUGCUGAACCUGUCGGCGGUCGUGGGGCACAGGAGCGACCCCUACUCCUGGGUGGUGGUUCCUCCGAGGGCGCUCCUCCUCAAGCCUGCUGUUGUGAGCUAGGACCGCAGCAGCAGCCAGUGUGCGUGCGCGUGUGUGUGUUUCUUUACUGCGUUGGUAUUCGCCUGGAGCGCGUGUUUGUCUGUUUUUGAGGGAUGAAUCUACGGGGCUUCGGAAGCACUGAAACUGAGACAGAGACUCUGUGUCUGAUGCAAGAACCUGAACUAAGACCAUUGGACCUGUUUUUCCAGUGCGGUUCCUCCAACUGUCUCAGGGUGUAUACAUCCAACCUAUAGUUUGCUUUGGCCUUGUACAGGGCAAUCUGUAAACGCUUUGAUAAAAGCAGGGUUUUAUAGUUAUAUACGUGGUGUUGCUCUCGGCCGUCACGUGGUUUUAUUAUGUUUGCUAACAUGAUAACAUGAUAACUUUUAACCAUCAGCACGUUAGCGCUGUCAUUACGUUGGGCUCCAACGUGUUCAUCCACGGCUCCACGGCCGAUUAGAAUUUAGAACAGGUGCGUUAGGUAUUUUGUAGUUUUUAUAUGUGACAACCCCUACUCGCUGCCUCCACUGAGUCCCAUGGUGCAUUCGUAAACGUGGGGAAGAGCAGGACGACAGGGUGCAAUGGAAAUAGCAGACAUUUAGUGACAGAACCAAGGAAGACUCUGCGUUACGGACUAUCGCACCUUCUGCUUCUUACAUAAUAACUGAUGGAAUACUUGAUACUACUACAAUGGAUUAGGUUUGAUUGAUAUGUUAAUAGGAAGGUCUACACACACAGCAAAAAAACCAAACAAACCCUAAUAAUCCUUCCUCUAAGUUUUGAUAAUGCUGACAGUGUUCUCAGCAGUUGGUUUUAGUCACGGCCAGAACGCAACCACACAGAGCUACGUUUGUUUGACCAUGUGAUUCUUCACAAGUGAAUGAAAGACAAAAACUGUGUUGACGUAACUGAAUGUACAUUUGUGGGUAUUAACACCUUUGCCCUCAGUUUGCCUUCAGCAGUAUAUGUAUAUGUAUUUGUUUGCCUAACUAAUAAUUCCACGACAGUGAUCUAAAACAAGAUCAGCCCUUACUUUUAGAAAGGAACAGGUGAUAAGAGCAACUAAGAACCAGGUGGACAAAGGUGUGUAUUAAGUACACAUUCGCUCAGUAAAACAGCAAGUACUACACAAGUAAAAGAAGCAAAGCCAAAGUUUUAACAGUAUUUUUCAAGUAUUUUAAGGUGACAAUGGCUGAAUUUGGCCAGAAUCUGCGUUGUUUUAUCUUGUAGUCAUUUGCACAUCGUUUCAUCCUAAGGGAUAUUUGAAUAUUUGAGUCAAGUGCCUUGUGUUUUAAUUGAAGUAUAUCACGCAGUAUAUAAAAAUAUUUACGCAAAAGUGCAAAAAUGUACAUUUUAGAAACUGCAUUUAAUAACUUGACAGCAGAAAUGAUUGAUACGCCAGCAAGUCACAUGUGUAAGUGACUAUGACAGUGACUCAGUGUCAAUAAACGCAUUUUAAAUAAAUCA